UAUAUUUAUCAUACAUUAAGAAGCCUAGGGUAUACAAUCUUCAGUUCGCUGUUUCCUGUUAUGUUGAGAAGAGAGAGAGUGAGAGCUAACGGUUUUUUGAUAUUCUGUCCGCGAAUCAUAGAGAAGUGCAUUUCCAUAUGCGCAGUUGUGUCCAACGUAGUUAAUUUAAAAUUUCAAUAAUAAAAAAGAACAUUUUCGUGGCGAGCUCGCCCGCUCUUCAAUUAACAUUAAUUCAGCGAAAGCUCGCGCCGGAUCGUCGAGCCAAUUAGUGUCUGAUUAGAUUUGGAAAACCUGAUUAGGCUGCAUUGUUGCGGUGGCUAAAUUAAGGAGGAGCUGGCUUCUGCUGCUCUUUCUUUUUUUUCGUUUCUUUGUUUUUGUAUCUGUAGUUAAAUUGAAGCGUCUGGUUGUUCGCAAAAGCAAAACGUGUGUUUGCUUAGUCGAUUGCAAGGUGUAUUUAUUUUUCGGUCAAUUUGAGUUGUUUUCUUCUGCUCUCAGUUGAGGACACAUUAUGCAGAAGUCACAACGCAGGCAAUGCUGGACGCUGCUGCUGCUUGGAGCGCUGAUCGUCUCGAUCGGGCUCAUGUUCAGCUAUUGGUAUCUGGUGCCGAGCCAGCUGCAUUUCUGGCAGCUGUCUAUGCUCAAUGGCAGCGCAUCCGGCGAUCCGGCAGCCGCGCAGCUGAAGUUUUUUAUGCCGCCGCAGACGGUGCCCAAGGAGCUUAACCUGAAGCGUGGCGCGCCCUACAUAUAUCAGAUAUUGCAUUAGCGUUCAUAUAUAUAUAUAUAC